AUGACAGACCAAGCUCAGGAGCUUGGUAGCGACACCAAGCCGGACCAUGUCGCAACUCCUCAACAAACCGAUCACCAUCUAGACCAGGUGAACUCGCCAGAUAAAGCAACUACCCAAACAGCCCUCAACCGCACGCAUAAUGAACCACCUGAAGUCAGCGACAGCAAAGUGGAAGCAGAGGCUACUAGCAAGAACAGCAAUGAUCCAGUCGACGAAGUCGAUGCCAGAGUGGCACAAUCGAUCAAGCACAACCAAGACGGGGAGCAAGACAAGGACGGCGAUCGGGUAGAGGAGGAGGGUAAAGACGACGAGAAUGAGGACGGCGACGACGACGACGACGAAAGCGACGAUGACGAUGAAGAGUCAGAAAACGACGAAGAUGAGGAGCCGUCGCUCAAAAUAUCGAGGCUUACACCACAUUUGAACGCCGUCUACCGCAACGGUGACGCGACCAGCGCAUUUCUUGUCGCAGGCGAUAAGAUGAUCAUUGGCACACACAAUGGCAACAUUCACGUUCUCCAACUCCCCACCUUCCAACCACUCCGAGUAUACCACGCCCACUCUGCCUCGGUGACAUCUAUAUCAAUAUCCCCGUACCCUCCGCCUCUACCUUCAGAUCAAUCGCCAAUUCCAGUACCGUCUGCGAAUCAAACGAGCCAGCCAAGAUCCCAGGAUAAUUCCCCAGCUGCCGUUUCAAAGCGAUCCAGGGAACCCGUGCAGAUACCAAAGAUUCCAUCCAACGACAUACAUAUUGCGACCUCUUCCAUGGAUGGCAACGUCUGCGUACAAUCGUUGAUCGAUAUGAAGGACGUACAACUACGAAACUUUGGUCGUCCUGUCCAGAGCGUGGCAUUGUCGCCAGAGUUCAAAUCAGACCGUUCCUACAUCUCAGGUGGCUUGGCUGGUCAGCUCAUUCUCACCUCUGGGGGUGGACCAGGUCGCAGUACUUCAACCACGAUUGGGACAGCAGCAGCGGCCGCAUCAGGCUGGCUAGGAAGCAUGGGCCUGGGAUCCAACACUGGAAAAGACACAGUCCUACAUUCAGGGGAGGGCACAAUCAAUACCAUUAAAUGGUCUCUAUCUGGAAAGUAUGUCGUCUGGCUGAACGAGCAAGGAAUCAAAAUCAUGCGCUCCAAGUUGCACCACGAAAACGCCGAGAGUGACGACGCUUGGAAACGCGUAGGGCAUAUCGAUAGGCCGCAAACUGAAGAAUGGGACACCAUGGCCAGCGUCUGGAAAGGCCGUGCUGAAUGGAUUGACGAAAAGGCAAUUGAAAGCGAUGAGGCCAUUGAUCCUCAACAGGACAGCGUAUCUGCGCCUCCAGCUGCAGACAGAUUAAAGGGUCAAUCCGGCGUACAAAAACCUGCGAUGGAGCGCUUACUUGUUGGGUGGGGGGCAAUGAUAUGGAUUAUCAAUGUCCAUCCAGACGGCUCUGCAACGAAAAGCGCUGGAAAUAAGGCCGUUGGUCGCGCCGAAAUUGCCAAAAUCCUGCGCAUUGACUGUAUAAUUUCCGGUAUCUCGCUUUACACGUCGAAUCUCCUCCUUGUCCUUGCAUUCUCUCCGCCGGAAGACGGUGAAGAUGAAGAAGAAGGGAAGGGGGCUGCUCAGCGUCAUCGCCACCAAGGAUCUACAAGCUCUGCAAAGAGUGAGCCUUCAGGCGGAGUCAGGAAGCGUCAAAACAACCUACCGCCAGAGCUCCGUCUCAUUGAUCUUGUGUCGCAAGCGGAGGUUGACAAGGAGGAGCUUGUUGUGAGCCGCUACGAGCGUCUUCUCUCGGCCGAUUAUCACCUCGGCGUCUUGCCUGCUCGCAGCGCAGCGAGCGUAGUAGCAUCCAAAGGAGCAUUGGAGACUAUCGCCGGACUCGGGAGCGAGAUGUGGAACGCCGCGAUUAACCCAAGGGCUCUUUUCAGCUCCGGGGCCAGUAUUCGAAGCAGGGACAGUGGAGAUGAUUUUGCUCCCGGCUCUAGAACAGCCAGCACCAGUGGAACAAUACGUGGCGGGCUGGCCAGACCAGGGCCGCUUCCAGUGCAUCCCAGUUUGAGCAAGCCAGGGGCCAAAAUCUUUGUUCAUAGCCCUUAUGACUGCAUACUGGCAACCAAAAGAGAUCUUAGUGACCAUCUUGCAUGGCUGUUGGAGCACGAGCAGUACAGCAGAGCAUGGGAACUUUUGGAUGAGAAUCCGGAAAUAUUAGCAGACAAGGCAGGUGAUUUUGUGUCAACGCCUGCACCUGGGCAAAGUCUUGCUGAGCUAUUCGAGGAUGAAUCUGUCGCAGACUCUAUUUCAAAAAGCGCUUCAAGUGCAGUGGAGAAGGAGAAGCAGCGGAUAGGGGAGCUUUGGGUCAAGGAGCUAAUCGAUGACGGACAAUGGGAUGUGGCAGCGGAAGUUUGCAGCAGGGUUUUGCAUUCUCCUGAUCGCUGGGAGAAGUGGGUGUGGACGUUUGCCGGGGCGAAGAAGUUUGACGAGAUCACAAACUAUAUUCCCUCGGCUCCGAUGCGUCCGCCCAUUCCAACCACCGUGUACGAAGUUGUCCUCGGUCACUAUAUUCACAACGACAAGCCCCGGUUCCGAGACCUGCUCGACCUGUGGUCCCCGGAGCUGUUCGACAUCAAGGCAGUAACAACAGCACUCGAGAACCAGCUCAAGUUCAGAGACGUACGUCAGGAUAGUAUUGACGGUGGCGAGAAAGGUCGAGAUUGGCGCAUCGUUCAUCAGGGUCUCGCCAGACUGUAUGAAACUGGAGGGCGUCAGCGUGAGGCUCUCAAGUGCUACAUUAAGCUCCAAGACGCAGAUUCUGUGUUUCGUCUUAUUAGAGACAAUCAUCUCGCAGAAGCCGUGGCCGACGACAUCCCGGGCUUUAUCAGCCUGCGUGUUCCUGCCGGUGGUGUCGACCGAAUGACGAAGAAGGAUUUGGCCAACGCAACGUCAGAUGCAAUUACACUGCUCGUGGAUGAGGCACAACAUGGUUUGGUUGGCCCCAGGCAAGUUGUAGAGCAGCUUCAAGCGAAGAAACUCCGUCUGUAUCUGUUCUUCUAUCUCCGCGGGCUAUGGCACGGAGACGGUGUGAAGGAACAUGGUGGGGAGAACCGCGACCACUUGGUCCUGGAAAGCCGGGCUCUAGUAGACGACUUUGCUGAUCUGGUCGUCACACUCUUCGCCACGUACGAAAGAAGCCUCCUGAUGGACUUUUUGAAGACUUCGACGGCGUACACAUUUGACAAGGCUGUCGAGGAAUGCGAGCAGCACAAGUACUACGACGAGCUGGUAUUUCUAUACUCGAAAACAGGACAGAUGAAGCGCGCCCUAUAUCUCAUCAUCGACCGACUACGCAAUGUAGAGAAGGCAAUCGAAUUUGUCAAAGAGCAGGACGAUCCGGAUCUGUGGAAUGACUUGCUUGAUUAUAGUAUGGACAAACCAAGCUUCAUCCGAGCCCUUCUUGAGCAAGUCGGCACAGCAAUCAACCCCAUUACGCUAGUAAGACGCAUCCCCGAGGGGCUGGAGAUUGAAGGGCUCAGAGAGGGUCUCACACACAUGAUGAAGGAGCACGAGCUUCAGCACAGCAUUAGCUCCGGGGCAGCAACAGUCAUGCGUAGCGAAGUGGGACUGAAGCAAAGAGAGCUGCGCGCCGGACAGCGCCGUGGUGUGAAAUUCGAGCCAGCCGCGUUACCAGUAAACAAGCCCAAGGCCAACCAGAAACCGAGCGACGGCGAAAGCCAGCCAGGUGCUACAAAGGGGGACAAGCCGCCCAAGAUCCCCAAGCCAGGUCAUUGCGUCGGCUGCGGGGAGGCAUUUACCGAGUACGAGAUGGAAACGCUGGUGGGCUACGCGUGCGGCCACGUCUACCACGUCAGCCACCUGAUGGAGAUGAUGCAUGGCGGUGGGAAGGUGGACAUUGACAUUGGCGGCGAUAGCCAGGCAAGUGGCCGCUACCUGGUGGGCAUGAAGGUGAUGAAGGCGAGAUUACUGCGCGACAAGAUGCAGGGAGGAUGUCCUGUUUGUCAUUCAGCCAAGUGA